UUCCCUUUCUAUUACUUUUUUUUCUUUUCUUAUGGUGGGUGGAAAUACUGAAAAACAUGAACAAUCAAGGGACCCAAUGAAAUCAUGAAAAGAAAGAGAGAAGAAGAUUGUUAAGUGAAGAAGAAGAAGAAGAAAGAAUUAUAAAACGAUUAGUCUGUUAGAGUUUUUGAUCUUUUGGUUUGUUGUUGAGUGAUGAUGAUGAUGAUCUAACUUUGGGUUUUGUUUUCUUUUGUUUGAAGGAGUUUUUCAGAAGUGUGAGUGUUUGCUGAUUCAAUCGAAGUAAUGGAGAGUUUUUUACAGACGAAUCACAACUUCUUACUUCAAUGAACUUUUCCAGCAAAAUUUGGAUCAUCCGAGAUUAGGAAGUGAUAGGGAUGUUGGCUGGGUGUUCUAAAUUGUUGUCACCAACAAGGCAUGGACUAAGGAGUGAAGCUACAGCACAGUUUCAGGCAGUUUGCAAUUUUCAGUUACCUUCAAUGAGCACACAGAGACGGGAAUUACCGUGUAAUUUUACCCGUAAUACGUCGAGAUCGCAACAACCGAUUAGACCAGUUGGUUUGUCAGUAGAGAAAGGGUUUGAAUCAAAAGGAAGCUGUUCGAUUAGGCACAAAAGCCGGCCACCGCCUUCGCUUUCCAUUCCGCAGCCAUUGAUUUGGGAAGGAAGAAGAGGUGUUGAAGAUGUGUUCUGGGAAGAAGAGAAGAAGAGUUUGAAGAGGCAGAAUUCAUCUGACGAAUGCGGUGUUAACAGGGUUAAGAGAAAGAGAUGCAGCAGCGACAGUGAGUUGGGUAGUGAGAAUAUUUGGUUUUCGCAGAAUGUUACAGGGUCUGGAGUUACAGGUACCGAGACUCCGUCACUUACUGCAGCCAAGGAGGAGAGGGUAAGUUUUUUGCCGCGGUCAACAUGGAUGGAUUUUGUGGUGAAUGAGAUUACAGCAACAGGUGAUAGAGGUGCUGCCGAGACAAGCCGGGCAAUUACAAAGGUGAAACCGGGAUCGAGUAACUCGUCUGAGAGUCGUAGUUUGACACUAAAGCCAGAGGAUAAUUCCUCCGACGACAUCGAAAUUGGGAACGGGACUCGGGUUCCUUACCCAUCAGAGGGAAGACUAACUGCGCGCAACGGUGGCGACGUUCAAGCUGAGCAUCAAGAUUUUGAGCUAUUGGGUUUCCUAGUAGCUUGUGUGGAAUCAAUCAGCUCAAAGAACAUGUCAGCCAUUACACAUUACUUAUCGAGACUUGGUGAAUUAGCUUCACCAGAAGGAAACACCAUUCGUCGUGUCACAGCUUACUUCACUGAAGCCUUAGCAUUGCGAGCUGCGCGACUAUGGCCUCACAUUUUUCACGUUUCAGUUCCUAGGGAUAUCGAUCGAGCAGAAGAUGAAACUGCAUCAGCACUUCGGCUUCUCAAUCAUGUCAGCCCAAUUCCAAAGUUCCUCCAUUUCACAUCAAAUGAGAUGUAUUUGAGAUCGUUUGAAGGAAAAGAUCGAGUGCACAUUAUAGAUUUCGACAUCAAACAAGGGCUUCAGUGGCCUAGUUUGUUUCAGAGUUUGGCUUCUAGAGCUAACCCUCCGAGCCAUGUCAGGAUUACAGGUAUAGGCGAGUCAAAACAGGACCUGCAAGAAACAGGAGAUAGAUUGGCUUUAUUCGCAUCAGCCUUGAAUUUGCCUUUCGAAUUCCAUCCGGUGGUGGACAGGUUAGAAGACGUGAGGCUCUGGAUGCUUCAUGUCAAAGAGAAAGAAAGCGUAGCUGUGAAUUGCAUUCUUCAGUUGCACAAAAUGCUCUACGACCAAACCGGUGGCGUCUUAAGGGAUUUCUUGGGGCUGAUUCGGAGCACUAACCCGGGUAUCGUUCUUAUGGCUGAGGAAGAAGCUGAGCACAACAGCCCAAGUCUGGAGACAAGGGUAUCUAAUUCAUUGAAGUAUUACUCUGCCAUAUUUGAUUCACUUGAUGCUAACUUACCUCUAAAUAGUCCGGUCAGAAUCAAAAUAGAAGAGAUGUUCGCAAGGGAGAUUCGGAACAUAGUGUCAUGUGAAGGAAUUGAUAGGUCUGAAAGGCAUGAAUGUUUCGAUAAAUGGAGGGUUUCGAUGGCGCAAGGAGGAUUUAAAAACGUCGUUAUCGAAGAUAGAGAAAUGCUUCAGAGCCGAAUGCUUCUGAAGAUGUAUUCAAGCGACAAGUUCAGUUUAGAGAAGCGGGGAGAAGACGGAGCGGGAUUGACACUAAAAUGGUUAGAUCAGUCGCUUUACACAGUUUCAGCGUGGGCACCUGUUGAUGUUGCAGGAACUUCCUCCGUUAAGUCACAGCCGAGUUGAGCUUCAAUGGGUUCAUUUCAUUCAUCCAGCAGCAGCAACAAAAACUUCCAUCAUUCACUCAGUAUAGAAGACCAAGUAAAGUAAAAAAACAAACAAAUUCUUUGUAGUUUAGGAAAAUUCAUUCAUUAUUCUUCCAUUCAUUAAAGCAUGUCUAGAGAUAACAAAUUCUUUGUAGUUAGAAAAACAUCUACAUUUCAGAUUUCAGUUCUUUAUUUAGUAUUUCCCAGUCUAUUCUUUGAUUCUUUUGUUACAAAAUAGGUAUUCUUUAUUUGUCUAUUAUUAGAUUGGGAUGUACUGCCAUUUCAUAUCAUGUAAUUGAAACCAA